CCCGCCCAACGUCCUUUCCUACUUAUCCAAUUCGCCUUCUUCCCCUUCAGCAAUUUCCUGGGAAAAAGAAAUAAUAUGAAGGGGUGUAUUCCGCGUAUCCCGACUCUUCAGCCUCUAUUUCCUGGAUAUUUCCUCUCCAUUGGGUGAUAUAUAUCUUAUAUAUUAAGAGUAGUCUCUUGCAUUUUCAUACAUCUUGUUCAUCGUAUGGCUACUUCUCAAGGGAAACCUACUUUCAUCAACAACGAUUCCCCCUUACCGACCCAUGUGGAAGUAGAAGAAGAAGAGGAACGAGGCAAUCUCUAUGAGUACCAAGACCCCGUUUCUGCUGAUGGGUGCGGGUGCGGCUGUUUCAGGCUCUUUGGUUUCAACUCUGGUUGGAGCCACGACAACAACGAAGAUGGGCAUCUAUUCCAGGCGAGAGGAGAGAGGAUAAACACAUGGUGGGUGAAGAAACUGAAAAAGGCGAAGGAGUUCUCUGAGGUAUUGGCUGGGCCCAAGUGGAAGAACUUCAUCAGGAAAUUGGGUGGAUAUUUCAAUAACAAGAAUAAGAAGAAGAAUCGAUUUCAGUAUGAUGCAGAAAGCUAUGCUCUGAAUUUCGAUGAUGGUGGUGAUUUUGAUACAGAAGAAGAUGGUCUGCUUCCUUCUUCCUCCAGGUUUCCUCCUCUUUUUCCCCAGCAACCACCACGACCUGGAUCAUAACAUAUCACUCCUGAUGAUAUUGGAUUCAACCAUUCCCCCUUUCCUUCUUUCUUCUAUUUGCUUUGUGUUCAGUUUCAUUUCACUUAAUUCAAUUCUUCGAAAUUUGAACAAGACUGUUUCACAAUUACCAUUAUUGGUUUUUGCUUUUGUUUUGGCUUCACUCUUAGAGCCGCCCUUUCUUUGCUUGUGAAAAGAUAUAUUUAAUUUUGAGA